AUGUCAGUUAUUCUCAGAUAUGUGGAUUGCAAAGAGAAAAAAGUAGUAAUCUCGGAAAGCUUUCUUGGAUUUGUGGUUGUUCACGACAAGACUGGAAUGGGGCUUACCGAUGCCGUACUGAAGUUCAUAGAAGACGCAGGACUUGACUUGAAGAAUAUUAGGGGCCAAUCUUAUGACAAUGGCAGCAACAUGAAAGGGAACAUUAGGGGUGUUCACAGCAGAAUUCUCGAAGUUAACCCUAAGGCCACUUUCAUAGCAUGCGUUCACCACUCCUGCAAUUUGGUAUUGUCAGAUGGAGCUAAAUCAGCGACGCAAACAAUCACAUUUUUUGGAGUCGUUCAGAAGAUCUUUACAUUUGCAUCUGCGUCUACAAAUAGAUGGGAUAUUUUUCGAAAACAUGCCACGCAAUUUACCGUGAAACCUUUAUCGGCAACUAGGUGGGAAAGUCGGAUUGACAGUUUGAAGGCGUUGAGGUUUCAAAUAAGUAGAGUGCGGGACGCACUACUCGAAAUAGGCGCCAAUACAAACUUUGACGUCGACACAAGAUUUGAGGCCAACAACAUUUGCUCGCAAAUCGAAAAAUUUGAAUUUCUUGUACUCUUGUCCGCUUGGUAUGACCUCUUACAUCACCUUAAUGUCGUUAGCAAAAUGACUCAAGAGAAAACCGUAAACGUUGGUGCCACAUUGCAACUCCUAAACAAUACCGAGAAAUUUCUUGAAGAUUAUGGCAGAAAUGGAUUUGUAACAGCCCAGAUCACUGCACGGGAGUUAGGUGAAGAACUUGGCCUGGAGGAGGAUGAAAUGAUAUUCACCGCUGCUCGCAUGAGAAAACGAAAAUCACAUUUUGAUGAGGAAAAUUCUGAAAAUGCAACCAACAACUCCAACAAUGACCCCGCUUUGAAAUUUAAAAAUUCAUGUUUUGAUAAACUUGUGAGCUGCGUUCAAGACUCGAUGACUCGUCGAUUCACACAUAUGAGAAAGAACCUCUCGGACUUCCAAAUUAUCAUUGACGCUGAUUGUAGAAGUACUUGUGAUGAAGGGGAGCUAUUAAGAAAUUGUAAAGAUUUACAUUUUAGGUUUAUGGACGGCAAGGAUAAGGAUAUCGAAGGAAGUCAACUCUUCGAUGAAUUUAAGUUAUUGCGUGAUUCAUUUCCUGAAAAAUUUAAAUCAAAUCCGCAUGCUUUGCUUGACUUUAUCGCUGGAUCGUGCUUGGAGGGAGUUUUUCCAAAUAUUUGGAUUUCUUUGCGUAUAGUUAUGACACUUCCUGUCAGCGUUGCUUCAGCAGAACGCAGCUUCUCAAAGCUAAAAUUAAUCGAGAAUUACUUGAGAUCUUCAAUGAGUGAAGAAAGAUUGUGUGGAUUAGCAAUUCUAUCAAUUGAAAAGGAAUUGACUUGUGAAAUAGAUUUUGAUGAUAUAAUCAAUGAAUUUGCAUUGAGGAAAUCCCGAAAAGUACUGUUUUAG